CCCUCCUUUAGCGCGUACACUACCGUACGCUGAAACACAGACAUCGACGAAGAGCCAGAAAACCACUGCUUCAAACCCUCCCACCUCCCAUUGCUGUAGAACAUAUAAAAAGAGUGAUGAAUUGAGUGCGAAUAACAUACUCAAGAAAUCCCGAUUCAUCAUUGCCAUUAUAUUUGUGAUAAUUGCGGAGUAUAUUUGCAUUCACUCCUCUUCACUGAGAUCUUCUUGUUUAAUUCCUAGAAUGUUCUUCGUUUUGUAGCGGAGAAGGGGCCCGUAAUCAGAUCGCCGUUGCCGACAAUGGAGCGGUCUUAGGGUUUUCGGCGACCUGCCUAUUGUAUAUAUAUCUUCAAUUGAGACAAUUCGGCAACAUGGCUCGACCAAUGACCUCUACGGCUUUCCACAAAUCCAAAACACUCGACAAUAAAUACAUGCUUGGAGAUGAGAUUGGGAAAGGAGCAUAUGGCCGAGUAUAUAAAGGUUUGGAUUUAGAUAAUGGAGACUUCGUUGCAAUUAAACAAGUCUCUUUGGAAAAUAUUGCUCAGGAGGAUCUCAACAUUAUCAUGCAAGAGAUUGAUUUGCUCAAGAAUUUGAACCACAAAAAUAUUGUCAAAUAUCUAGGAUCCUUAAAGACAAAGACUCAUCUUUUCAUUAUUCUUGAGUAUGUGGAGAAUGGCUCACUUGCUAAUAUUAUAAAGCCCAACAAGUUUGGACCAUUUCCAGAGUCAUUGGUUGCUCACUUCAUUGCUCAGGUACUGGAAGGAUUGGUUUAUCUACAUGAGCAGGGUGUAAUUCAUCGGGAUAUCAAGGGUGCAAAUAUAUUGACAACGAAAGAGGGUCUGGUGAAACUUGCAGAUUUUGGUGUUGCAACAAAGUUAACUGAGGCGGAUGUCAAUACACAUUCAGUUGUUGGAACACCAUAUUGGAUGGCCCCUGAGGUAAUUGAAUUGUCUGGAGUAUGUGCUGCAUCUGACAUCUGGAGUGUCGGGUGCACUGUUAUUGAGCUCCUUACCUGUGUACCUCCAUACUAUGAUCUCCAGCCCAUGCCUGCACUUUUUCGGAUUGUACAGGAUGAACACCCGCCAAUUCCUGAUAGUCUUUCUCCUGCUAUUACUGAUUUCUUGCGUCAAUGCUUCCAAAAGGAUGCUAGGCAAAGGCCAGAUGCAAAGACACUGCUUUCACACCCUUGGUUACAGAACUCAAGGCGUGCUUUGCAGUCCUCUCUACGUCAUAGUGGAACACUAAGAAAUAUAGAGGAAGAUGAAUCAGUAGAUGUAGGAGCAUCAAAUCAAGAUGAUCACAGCGCUGUUGAGACCUCCUCUCCUGACAAUGCAAAAGAUACUGGCUCAGUUUUGCCUUCUCUGCAGGCUGCUGAGGUUAGCAAGUUGACUGAGACAGAAAAAUCCAGUAAUGAUCAUGUUGAGGGAAAAGUGGAUAACCUCGAAGACGAUGUUAUGUCAGAUCAAGUUCCCACUUUAGCUAUCCAUGAGAAACCUCAUGUACAAAGCAGCUCUGUUAGAUUUGCUGGUAAUCACGAGGCAAUUCCUUCAAGUUCUACAGAUCUUCAUGAGCCACAGUUAGAUGAGCAGGAAAAAGUCUCUGGAAAUGCCAUCCUUGAGCCCUCUGAGUCUAGAAUGGAAAAUGGAGGGCCGAAAAAAGUUGAAGAGAGGUGGCAUGCUUUGCAUGUUGAUCAUGGAUCAUUUGGUUUCAGACACAAUAACCAUGGUCAUACAUCUCAAAAGGCAAUGAAGGCAUUGGUGAAUUCUGGAGGCAAUGAACUUAGCAGAUUUAGUGAUCCUCCAGGUGAUGCAUCAUUGGAUGAUUUAUUUCAUCCGCUAGAGAAAAAUCUGGAGAAUCGGACUCCUGAAGCAUUUUCUUCUGCAUCUUCAUCACAUAUAAAUCAAGACAAUGCAUAUCCUGAAUCUGGAAAAAGCAACCUGGCUACCAAAUUAAGGGCUACAAUUGCUCAAAAGAAAAUGGAGAAUGAAUCAGGACAGGCAAAUGGUGGAGAUUUACUUCGUCUUGUGAUGGGAGUUGUGAAGGAAGAUGUAAUUGACAUAGAUGGUUUGGGUUUUGAUGAUAAGUUGCUUGCAGAAAAUUUGUUUCACCUUCAGGCUGUAGAGUUCAGCAAGUUAGUAUCAUCUUUAAGACCAGAUGAACCGGACGAUGUGAUUGUCUCAGCAUGUCGGAAGUUGAUGGCUUUCUUUCCUCAGCGGCCUGAGCAGAUAGGUGGUUUUGUAACUCAGCAUGGCUUGCUCCCUCUGAUGGAAUUACUAGAGGUUCCCAGAACUCGUGUCAUAUGUUCGGUAUUGCAAGUACUAAACCUGAUAAUAAAAGACAAUACAGACUUCCAAGAAAAUGCUUGUCUUGUGGGCCUUAUUCCUGUUGUGAUGAGCUUUGCUACACCUGAUCGUCCUCGGGAAAUUCGCAUAGAAGCGGCAUAUUUUUUUCAACAACUUUGUCAAUCAAGUUCAUUGACACUGCAAAUGUUCAUUGCUAAUCGUGGCAUACCUGUUCUUGUUGGCUUUCUAGAGGCUGAUUACGCAAAAUAUAGGGAAAUGGUGCAUAUGGCUAUUGAUGGCAUGUGGCAGGUAUUUAAGCUUCAGCGUUCAACACCUAGAAAUGAUUUUUGCCGUAUAGCUGCAAAAAAUGGUAUACUGCUCAGGCUUAUAAACACGCUUUAUAGCUUGAAUGAGGCAACUCGUCUUGCUUCAGCUUCUGGAGGUGGGUUUCCAGCAGCAGAUGUCUUAAUUCCACGACCAAGGUCUGGUUCUCUAGAUCCUAGCAAUUCCUCUUUUAUGCAGAAUGAUGCAUCACUUUACGGAGUUGAUCAGCCAGAUUUACUCAAACAUAAGCAUGGAGAUCACGUUUUGCCUGCUGGUGCACAAGAACCUUCACGCACAUCAUCUUCUCAGUCGCCAGAUUCCAGAUUCUUUUCUCUGGAAAGUGAGAGAAUUGCGACAGCAGAAGCUUCAGGUUCCUCAAAAUUGCCUGAUGCAGCCAAUGUAUCAUCUAAGGAUUCUGCAUCCAAAGAUCGGGAAAGUGUUGAUCGAUAUAAAAAUGAUGUUUCUUGGGCUGAGGUUGAUCUUAGGCAGCAAAGAGGCGCUACUGCAAAUAGAACAUCCACUGACAGGCCUCCAAAAUUUGCAGAAGGGACAUCAAAUGGAGUUUCAGUUGCAUCAGCUACCCAGCAAGAGAAUGUUCGACCACUUCUUAGUUUGUUGGAGAAGGAACCCCCAUCUCGCCAUUAUUCUGGUCAGCUUGAGUAUGUUCGCCAUCUCACAGGGUUGGAGAAACAUGAUAGCAUACUUCCUCUGCUUCAUGCUUCUUCUAAUGAUAAGAAAACAAAUGGCUUAGAUUUCUUGAUGGCAGAGUUUGCAGAGGUUUCUUUACGUGCAAAAGAAAAUACUAACACAGAGACAUUACCUAAGGGUACGCCAAAAGCUGCAAAUAAGAAGGUAGGUCAAGUGGCUUCUACUGAGGGAACUGCAUCCACCUCUGGACUUGCAUCUCAGACUGCAUCAGGUGUAUUAUCUGGAUCAGGAGUUCUAAAUGCUAGACCUGGAAGUGCAACAUCUUCUGGAUUGCUUUCACAUAUGGUAUCACCUUGGAAUGCUGACAUUGCUAGGGAAUAUUUGGAGAAGGUAGCCGACCUUCUACUUGAGUUUGCUGCGGCAGAUACAACCGUAAAAUCCUACAUGUGUAGUCAAAGCUUGCUUAGCCGUCUUUUUCAGAUGUUUAAUAGAAUAGAGCCCCCUAUUCUUUUGAAGUUGUUGAAGUGUAUUAAUCACCUUUCGACCGACCCACACUGCUUGGAACAUCUUCAGCGAGCAGAUGCAAUCAAAUAUCUUAUUCCUAACCUUGACCUCAAAGAGGGGCCUCUCGUUCCUCAAAUCCAUCAUGAGGUUCUCAAUGCAUUAUUCAACCUCUGCAAGAUUAAUAAGAGGAGACAAGAACAGGCAGCAGAAAAUGGAAUUAUCCCACAUUUGAUGCUUUUUAUAAUGUCUGGUUCUCCAUUGAAACAAUAUGCUUUGCCUCUUCUAUGCGAUAUGGCUCAUGCAUCACGCAAUUCUAGGGAGCAGUUAAGAGCACACGGUGGAUUGGAUGUGUACCUGAGCCUUCUUGAAGAUGAGCUCUGGUCUGUAACUGCAUUAGAUUCCAUUGCUGUUUGUUUGGCACAUGACAAUGACAGCAGGAAGCUGGAACAAGCAUUACUUAAAAAGGAUGCUAUACAAAAACUGGUUAAGUUCUUCCAGUGCUGCCCAGAGCAGCAUUUUCUGCACAUACUGGAGCCAUUCUUAAAGAUAAUCACGAAAUCAUCACGAAUAAACACCACUCUGGCUGUCAAUGGUUUGACUCCAUUGCUGAUUUCUAGGCUUGAUCAUCAGGAUGCUAUAGCUCGUCUUAACCUGCUGAAGUUGAUAAAAGCUGUGUAUGAGCACCAUCCACGUCCUAAGCAGCUAAUUGUGGAGAAUGAUCUUCCUCAAAAGCUUCAAAAUCUAAUUGAAGAGCGCAGAGAUGGACAAAGUUCAGGUGGGCAGGUUUUGGUGAAGCAAAUGGCAACUUCACUUCUUAAAGCGCUUCACAUCAAUACUGUUCUGUGAAAAGAAAAGAAAAGAACCGUUGCUUAAUUGUCUAUAUUUUUUUUAUUCUUGUUGAGCUUGUAAUUAUUAUUUUUGAUUGUAUUAAAUGUUGUAUGGUGGAAAUCCUUUAUGUGGUGAGCUAUUUUUUAAGCUGAGGGGUUUUUGUAUUAAGGUUGUAAUUUUUUUUUUACACGGAAAAAGAGGAAUGUGGAUUGAAAUUCGGAACUUUUAUAAAGCCUCCUAUUGUAGAGUUUGUGCAUCGCAAGCUGUUACCA